AUGUAUGAUGGCAACUUCCACACAACGUGUGUUUUCGCAACUGUCCCCGCUCAAUUUAUACCAGGGCGUACAGGAGCCGGUCUUUUAAUCCUAAACGGCUUCACGUUUUAUAUGAAGAACCAUCAAGCUCAUGGGAAAAAGCAGUGGUAUUGUUCUUCAAGAGACGUACAUGGUUGUCGUGCUGACGUAAUAACGUACAAAGGAGUUGACGGAAUAUUCUACCUACCAUCGCAUAGAACUGGGAGCAUGGUCCUCAUAUUCAAAGACAACAAAUUUUGGAUCAACAAUCGAUACCAGAACACAAUCAAUUGGACUUGCAGAGACAGGAAGAGGCUUGGAUGCAAUAGCUGUGUACAGACAUCGCUGGAAGGACGCUAUAUCAAGCAUAAAGGAUUUCACAAUCAUCCUGAUAACUACACGAAGUAUAAUUUCAAUAACUGAUGUAAGUACAAUUCAUUGCCGAUCAUAACUUCUGUUGAAAGCUGUAGGGGUAAGCCGUUUAAAUAAAUUGAUUUACAUAUUAAUAGACAGACACUAUCAUGUCACU